AUGCUUGCCUGCAUGCGAUCGGUGCACUGGAUGAUAGAGCAACCCUGGAGCUCUGUCUUCCUGAAGUUCCCUUACCUACGGUUCCUGGAAGAAUGCUACGGUGCCGCAAUACCCAUGAUGACCGUGCGGUUUUGGAUGGGGACCUACGGGCACCGAGCGCCCAAGCUUACCGUUUUGGUGGGCACCCCGCCGUGGCUGCCAUCGAUGAAGCAACGCCUCACAAAGGCCAAGAGGAGAGAGCUGAGGCUUUCUUCGAAAGGUCUCUUCAAGAAUGGGAAGCAACGGGGAACUGGAAAGAAAGUUGUGACCCUGCCUUAG